AUGGCGUUCGUGUACACCACCGCUGCCUCCCUGCUCAUCGUCGCACUCGUCUUCGCGUUCCUCGCGCGCAAGAGGCGCAGGAACGCGCUCCCUCUCCCGCCGGGUCCGCGUCCCCUGCCAUUCAUCGGCAACGCCCUCGACAUGCCUUCAAAGGAGAUGCGCACUGCGUUCAAGGAGAUGAACCAGAAGUACGGUGACAUCGUCUAUCUGGACGCGCUUGGGCAGCCGGUGAUCAUCGUCGGUUCGCACGAGGUCGCUGUGGACCUCUUGGAGAAGCGGUCAUCAAAUUACUCAGACCGGGCUCCAUCGGCAAUGAUUGACAUCGCAGGCUUCGGGUGGGCUUUCACGGUACACAGGUACGGACCAGAGUGGAGACGCAACCGGCGCGCGAUGCAUCAGUACUUCAACAUGAACGCCGUCGCCCAGUACGCAACGUCGCAGAAGCUCGAGGCGCACCGGCUCGUGCGCCGGCUGUACGACGAACCGGAAAACCUGCUGCACCACCUCAGGCGCUUCUUCGGGUCGUCUGCGCUGCGCAUCUCGCACGGCAUAGAGGUAGACGACGAUCCGGUCGACUACCUCAAGAUGGUCACGGAAGCGAUGGAGAUCUGGUCGAUGGCGUUCGAGCCUGGCAGAUAUAUGGUGGAGGUCCUGCCAUGGCUCGCACGCAUGCCGUCCUGGUUCCCGGGCGCGGGCGUGAAGCGCGAUGGAGAGGCGUGGAGACCGAUCGUCUCCAAGAUGGUUUCCGUGCCGUGGGACGCCGCCAGGGAAGCAAUGCGGCAGGGAAAUGCGCGCCCGUCGAUGGUGAAAGGCCUUAUGGAGCGCAUGCGAGAGGACGACGGGCCUGAAGAAGAAGAGGUGAUCAAGAACGCAGCGGCGGUGACGUUCGCAGGCGGCUCUGAUACAACGUUCUCGACGAUGCAAACUUUCUUCAUGGCGAUGACGAUGCAUCCUGAGGUGCAGAAGAAGGCUCAAGACGAACUCACGGCCGUUGUUGGCCCUCACCGCCUUCCAGAUAAGGACGACGAACGUUCUCUCCCGUACAUACAAGCGAUAGCUAAGGAGUGCGUCCGUUGGCGCUCGGUCGUCCCUCUGAGUGUGCCGCAUCGGUCGCUAGAAGACGACGAGUACAGGGGCUACCUCAUCCCCAAGGGCUCGCUCAUUAUCCCCAACAUCUCAGCAAUCUCGUGUGACCCCAGGCUCUACGUGAAUCCGGAUGCGUUCCAUCCCGAACGGUUCCUCAAGGACGGCAAGAUGGACCCCGCUGUCCUCGAUCCCGGAACAAUCGCGUUUGGGCACGGCCGGCGCAUCUGUCCUGGGAAGCACUUCGCGGAAGCGUCGCUGUUCAUCGCGAUUGCCUCUGUGCUCCAUUCGCUCGACAUAUCCCCAGUGACUGGGCCUGAUGGGAAGCCGAUCAUGCCGUCGGGCGAGAUGACACAUGGGCUUCUCUCGUACCCUGAGCCGUUCCAGUGCGAGAUCAAGUCGCGUUCUGCCGAACGCGAGGCCUUGAUUCGAGCGAGUUGCACGGAGCUGCAGGGCAUCGUAUGUGGUGCAUAG